AUGGGGGGCGGAGAUCUGAAUUUAAAGAAGAGCUGGCACCCCCAGACUAUGAAAAACAUCGAACGCGUUUGGAAAGCCGAGCAAAAACAUGAAUCCGAACGUAAGAAAAUCGAAGAGCUUCAGAAAGAGCUGAAGGAGGAAAGAGCCCGCGAGGAAAUGACUAGAUACGCUGAAGAAACCGGUGCCAUAAAAAAGAAGGAUGAUCGGCUAGACUGGAUGUACCAAGGUCCUUCUAGUCAGGUGUCCAGAGAUGAGUAUCUCAUGGGACGUCCCAUCGACAAGCAGAUCACAGACCAGUAUGAGGAACCUGAAAGUGGCCCAUCAGCAGAAACUGGACUUCUGCCCGGCUCCAUCUUCAGCCCCGUAGCUGCUACGUCCAGCAUGGACAUGGCUGCCAAGAUCAGGGAAGACCCUCUGUUUGAAAUCAGAAAACGUGAGGAAGCAAAGAAGAGAGAGGUCUUGACAAAUCCAGUGAAGAUGAAGAAAAUUAAAGAAAUGCUGCGUCAGAAUCUUGACAUGAAAGACAAGAAAAAGAAAAGGAAGAAGGACAAAAAGGAAAAGAAGGGAGACAAAGACAGAAGAAAGGAGAAGAAACACAAAAGAAGCCACUCGGUUUCCAGUUCAGAUGACGAUGACAAAAAAUACAGGUCACACACUCGAGAUGGAAUUUCCUCUCACGACAAACCUCACUCCCAUCAUCUUCCAGGCUACGGCCUCCUGCUCCCUGCAGGCAAACAACACCACUCCUCUGCUUUGAAUCACUCAAGACGCCAUGAGAGGAGUCGAAGCCGAUCUCCCGCAAGAAAAAAUGGCGAAAGUUACUCCUCUUCCUCACACCGAAGCGACAGGAAAAUGGAAGUCAGGGCUCGUAGCCCACAGAAAGAACGCUACCAAAGGCAGAGGAAUCAUGUGUCAAAGAAGCUCUCUGCAGAGGAGCUGGAGCAGAAGAGAAAAGCCAUGAUGGACCAGGCAAAGCUGAGAGACGAGGACAGGGAGAAUAACGUGAGAAGAUACAAGAAGCAAGAUGAGCAAGAAAAACUGCGGGAACAAAAUUCCAAGCGUGACCACCAUGCUGGCUUUAUUCAUGACAUGAAGUUAGAGAGCGCAGCCACGUCAUCUUUAGAGGACAGAGUCAAAAGGAAUAUCCACUCCAUUCAGAGGACGCCAGCGUCAUUGGACAAUUUUAUGAAGAGAUGA